GAUGUAAUUUGUAAGCAAAAGAGUGGAGUCUUUAAACCAAAUAAAACUCAAACUCCCACGAGUUUUCUCUCUCUGCAUAUUCUACGCAUCUCUCUCUUUCUCUCUCCUCUUCUAGUCGGUCGGAGUUCAAUUUUUCACUUUCAAUUUCAAUUCAAUUCAACUCUUCCUCAAUUGCAUUUCCUAAUUGCCGAAUUCCUUCUCAUUUUGUGCUUUGUUUUAUAAAUUUGAUCGGAAAUUUUCCCUAUUUCCGGCAAUAAAGCUACGAUCUAACCGGAAAAUUGACUUCCGGUUUGCUGAUUACUCUGUUUCCGGAGUUCUUAGCUCCUGGAUCAUAUCAAAUCUUCGAGCGGCCGAAGCUCCGUGGAAAGAUUUGAAGCAAUGAAGAACGGAGUGGUAGAAUGUAGUGUGUGCCACUCAAAAAUAAUAUCGCCUACCUCCAAAACCGUAUCAAGGGCCUAUGACCGGCAUAGGAGUAAGAUUUCAUCGAAGCAACGUGUUCUUAACGUCCUCUUGGUGGUUGGGGAUUGUUUUUUAGUUGGUUUGCAGCCUGUUCUGGUUUAUAUGUCCAAGGUGGAUGGAAAAUUCAAUUUUAGUCCAGUCAGUGUCAACUUCUUGACCGAGAUUAUGAAGGUUAUCUUUGCAAUUGUUAUGCUUUUGAUUCAGGCCAGACAUCAAAAAGUUGGAGAAAAGCCUCUUCUAUCUGUCUCCACAUUUGUUCAGGCUGCUCGCAACAAUGUGCUUCUUGCUGUUCCAGCUCUUCUGUACGCAGUUAACAACUAUCUCAAGUUUAUUAUGCAGUUAUAUUUCAAUCCUUCGACCGUGAAGAUGCUCAGCAACUUGAAGGUUUUGGUAAUUGCUGUUCUGCUAAGGAUGGUAAUGAAACGUAAAUUUUCUAUUAUUCAGUGGGAAGCUCUCGCUCUGCUACUAAUAGGCAUUAGUGUUAACCAAAUGCGUUCUGGUCCUUCCGGACCUGAGGGUGCUGCUGCCAUGGGACUUCCAGUUGCAACAGCAGCAUACGUCUAUACACUGAUCUUUGUUACAGUUCCAUCUUUGGCCUCAGUUUUUAAUGAGUAUGCUCUAAAGAGUCAAUAUGAUACUAGCAUAUACCUUCAGAACUUAUUCUUAUAUGGAUAUGGUGCAAUCUUCAACUUCUUGGCCAUAGUGGGAAUUGCAUUGGUAAAAGGCCCGAGCAGCUUUAACAUUCUUGAGGGACAUUCAAAAGCUACAAUGCUUCUAAUAUGCAACAAUGCAGCGCAAGGAAUCUUGUCUUCCUUUUUCUUUAAAUAUGCAGACACAAUCUUGAAGAAGUAUUCUUCAACUGUUGCCACAAUCUUUACGGGCUUUGCUUCUGCCGCUAUGUUUGGCCAUAAGCUGACAAUUAACUUUAUGCUGGGGAUUUCUAUAGUUUUCAUCUCAAUGCAUCAGUUUUUCUCACCUCUUUCCAAAGUGAAAGAUGAACAGGAGAACGCUGUAGAAUUAGUGGAUGUACAGAACAAUAUCAGGUCAAAGGACCCCUUCAUAGAUAUGGCAGCGGGAGCUAAUGAGGAGGCUAGUCAUCGUGUAGGUCAUGAUGAUAGACAACCACUUCUUCCCAGAUAAGUUUUGCUUGCAGACUUUCUUACAGAUGUAUAAACUGGGGAAGUGUUUCCAAGUAUAAGUUGGAACAACAACAGCUAUUCAUUGCAGAAGCUACCAGAAUCAGAUGAGUGGGAUGCCUGUCUAUUUGUGUAUUAUCCUGGGCAGGCUACCUUUUCUGCGAUCUCUUCUCGUCAACACACAAAGUUAGCAACACUAAAAUUUUGAGCAUUCUUUUUACGUAGGUUACAUGCAGAUAAAUUUUGGCCCUCCAUAUUACCUCAUUUGUAGCUCUAUUGUUGACAAUUUAUUGUAGUUUUGGUUACGGCCCCUUCACAUUUAGCGUCUAGUUUACAGUAAGUCUGUAAGGUACAACAUUUUGAUGAAAAUGUAUCCAAUUCCAGCCUUAAAUGUGCUAUUUUCUUUGUUAUAAUGUUUUCUUUUGUCUG